AUGAAUAAUGAUCUAAUUUGGUUGAACCGGGAACCUCAUUAUAAAAACUUGAGAAUAAACCCAGGAAUUCGGCAUAUAUCAAGACUUCAUGUCAAGCCUCGAUCUUUUCAGCACUCCGAUCCAAAAACAAAAACAUAUGUUGAUGAUUAUCAAGGUAUUCAGAUUAAAAUCGUAGAAAAUUAUUACAAAGUUCAUCCACAAGCACUCAUGCUUUUAAAUAGCUGUAAAUCAGUUUUUUCAUCACAAUUACCAAACAUGGAAAUAAGUUACAUCGUUCGUCAAAUUUUUGACUAUCAUUGCUAUUCAGUGACAAUUCUUCGAGAAGGUACUGUAAUUUCUGCUAUUACAUCUCGUUUGUUUCCAGAAAAAGAUGUCAAUUUUUUGGAAAUCAUCUUUGUUUCGGUCUUAUCCGAAUACCAAAGUGGAGGUUAUGGUCGGUUAAUCAUGAAUUACUUAAAACAACUUAUGCAAUCAAUAGAAUGCUACGAUGCUAUUACUUGUGCAGACAACGACGCCGUUAAAUACUUUUGUAAGCAAGGUUUCAAUACAGAAAAGAUUCUUAUGAAUCCUAAUCGAUGGAUUGGCCGCAUUAAAGAUUAUAAUGGUGUCACAACUUCGUAUUUACACGUUGAUCCAUAUAUCAACUAUUAUACAUUUAACCGAGAAGUCAGACUCCAGAUGAAAUCGCUUGAAAAUCGGUAUGGUAAACGAUUUCAUAUUAUUCCGCCAGAAUUAUUAGAUACUCCACCAACAGACCUUGAAGGAAGGCAGAGCAUAGCAUGUAUCCCUCUAGAGAAAUUAUAUCAGCUUACAGAAAACAGUAGUACUGACAAAGAAUUUGUCCAAGCUAAACUUGAAGAGUACAAUCAGAAGAAAGAAGCUCUUUUGGAACAGCUCAAAGAGACAGUAGAAAAAUGUGAAUCUCAGCUCGAAAUUACGAAAUCUAAUAGUAAUAACAAUAAUUCAGAACUUUUUGCAGAAUUUACUGCUAUUAAAAGAAGACUCCGUCAAUCACCAGAUUAUUAUAAAUCCAUUCAAAUGCUUUUCGGAGAUUUAUAUCAUCUCUCAGAAUUUCUGAAACGAUCUAAUAAGAAAAAGAACUCCUUCAUCUCAAUGUUAAACAGCAUGAAGAAAGAUUACGGUAUUGAAUAA